UGCACCCGACAGCGCAUGCUGAGCGGAUCAUUCGAGGGGCAACCCGCAAAGGAGAGGUCAAUCCUCAGUGUGCAGCAUCAUAUCCGCCAAGAGCGCAGGUCUCUAAGACAUGGAUCAAACAGCCAGAGGAUCAGCAGGGGAAAAUCUCUUGAAACUUUGACUCAAGAUCAUUCCAAUACAGUGAGAUAUAGAAAUGCACAAAGAGAAGACAGUGAAAUAAAGAUGAUUCAGGAAAAAAAGGAGCAAGCAGAGAUGAAAAGGAAAGUGCAAGAAGAGGAACUCAGAGAGAACCACCCGUACUUCGAUAAGCCACUCUUCAUUGUCGGGCGAGAACACAGGUUCAGAAACUUUUGCCGGGUGGUGGUCCGAGCGCGCUUCAACGCAUCUAAAACAGACCCUGUCACAGGAGCUGUGAAAAAUACAAAGUACCAUCAACUUUAUGAUUUGCUGGGAUUGGUCACUUACCUGGACUGGGUCAUGAUCAUCGUAACCAUCUGUUCUUGCAUUUCCAUGAUGUUUGAGUCCCCGUUUCGAAGAGUCAUGCAUGCACCUACUUUGCAGAUUGCUGAGUAUGUGUUUGUGAUAUUCAUGAGCAUUGAGCUUAAUCUGAAGAUUAUGGCAGAUGGCUUAUUUUUCACUCCAACUGCUGUCAUCAGGGACUUCGGUGGAGUAAUGGACAUAUUUAUAUAUCUUGUGAGCUUGAUAUUUCUUUGUUGGAUGCCUCAAAAUGUACCUGCUGAAUCGGGAGCUCAGCUCCUAAUGGUCCUUCGGUGCCUGAGACCUCUGCGCAUAUUCAAACUGGUGCCCCAGAUGAGGAAAGUUGUUCGGGAACUUUUCAGCGGCUUCAAGGAAAUAUUUUUGGUCUCCAUUCUUUUGCUGACAUUAAUGCUCGUUUUUGCAAGCUUUGGAGUUCAGCUUUUUGCUGGAAAACUGGCCAAGUGCAAUGAUCCCAACAUUAUUAGAAGGGAAGAUUGCAAUGGCAUAUUCAGAAUUAAUGUCAGUGUGUCAAAGAACUUAAAUUUAAAAUUGAGGCCUGGAGAGAAAAAACCUGGAUUUUGGGUGCCCCGUGUUUGGGCGAAUCCUCGGAACUUUAAUUUCGACAAUGUGGGAAACGCUAUGCUGGCAUUGUUUGAAGUUCUCUCCUUGAAAGGCUGGGUGGAAGUGAGAGAUGUUAUUAUUCAUCGUGUGGGGCCGAUCCAUGGAAUCUAUAUUCAUGUUUUUGUAUUCCUGGGUUGCAUGAUUGGACUGACCCUUUUUGUUGGAGUAGUUAUUGCUAAUUUCAAUGAAAACAAGGGGUAUACAAGGAAAAUCAGACUUACAGAAAAAGGACUGAAAAUGCCAGCAGGGACCCUUGUAUGUAAGAAAAACGAAAGCAGGCUCCAACAAUUAGUGCAGAGGAUCGGUGAGACCAACACAAGGAGUGGUGUUGAGG